CUCUGUAUUUCAUUUAUAAAUUUCAAGUAAUUUUAACCCAAUUUGCAUAGUUAGCAGGUCUUAGAACUGGAGUUUGUAGUUGCUUUGCUUUAAUUCUAGUGCUCGAGCCAUGAUAUUGCCGCAACUCGAAGAGAACUCGCAGCAGCAAAAUAAUGAAACGCAGUAUACGCUAGCGGAUAAUUAUAAUAUAAGCACACCGUGCUGUCAAAAUAGCGAGAUGGACAAUGGCAAUGCAUACUUCGAUCACAAUCAGCAAGCAAACUAUGAGGGCAACUUUAAUAAUUUCAGCAGCGCUGCAGCAGCCAGCAGCAGUUGCUAUAGCUCUGCAUCAGCUGAGACCUUAAAGCCCAAUAACAGUUAUACGAUUAAUCAAGGCAUAGCACAAAGCCAAAGCUACGCUGAUGACUCCAGUGCAGAUCUAAACUACUUAGCUCAACAGCAAUAUAGCGCAUACGCACCAUCGGCUGCAGCAAUGACAAUGCCCAAUUAUGAGUUGCAGCGCCAAACUGCUGGUUUCCAUGACUAUCACAGUCAGCUGGGCACAAUGCCCAGUGCACAAUUCAAGGAAGAGAGCCACGUAUUGAGCAUGGGCAUGUCGCGAACUAUGAAUCAAGCUGCAGUCGCGCCGCCGUCGCCUUAUGCAAAUUCGAUGCAAAUGCAGCUUAGCCAAGCAAGUGACAAUAACUCUGAUUACAGUUAUUACCAGCCGAAUGCUGAUUAUGCUAAUCAGCAGCAAGAGCCGCCUAUCCAAAGUGUGUACAGCGCAGACUUUAAGCCGCCCUGCGGCGCUGGCAAUAACUUUAAUCAUUCGCCCAUGACUGAGAUGAGCAUGAGCAUGCCAAGUGGCCUGGAAGGCGCCAGUACGGGCUUCUAUCCCGCCAGCAAUUUCGGCAACAUGGCGGCCGCUGGUCAAGUGUACGAGCUGGAGCAAAAUAGUGCCACGCAAGCUCAGUAUUAUCCGAUGAAUCAGACUUAUCAAGGCAAUGAUUUGGUUUAUUCCCAACAACAUGCCUAAGCUUAGAAUAUAACAAAUAUUUAAAAAUAUGUUUAGAUUGGAACGAUGUGCUUGAAACUAUUAAUUU